AUGGAAGGUUGGGAGGUGCUUAUGAUUGUAAUAGCAGUGAUUGCAUUUUUAGUUUGUUUCAGUUAUCUUCUAAAAUGCUGUUGGAAAUUAAAGAAAAUCAGAACUUCGUCUUCAAAUGGUUCAGAAAGUCCAGUUGCCGAUGCAGAAGCCAGGCCGAGUUCAAAUUCUGCUGACAGUGAUACUCGCCCGGAGCCAAUAGCACCAAGUCAAAUAGAAAUCGAUGCGCCCGAAGUUCCCGAAGAAUCCGUCUCGAGGGGAAAAGAAGAUUUACCUCCAAGUUACGAUGAUAUUCUAAAUGAGUGGUAA